CUUUUUGAUAGCUGUAAACGUUACACUUUCUUCCGCCAGCUAUUACUAGUCGUAAACCAGGUCAUAGUAUGUAUCCUUUUAACUCUCCGUACAUAUGCAUUGUAUGGUCGCAACAAUCGCCUACUUGCGUUCAUGGUGGGAUUUGGAGCCGUGUUGGUAGCUGCUGCUUCUUGGGCUCUGGUAGGACAACAUUCAUACGCUGCCACGAACGUCUCUGGCUGCCAUAUAGCGUACACAACUAGCACUUCUCAUCAAGUCUUAUCAGACCUCGCGGUUGCUUGGGAAGCGCUUUUUCUCUACGAUACAAGUAUGCUUGUCCUCACGCUCUUGAAGACGUACAAGGCUACACGUCAACAUGGGUUGUUGUCAUUCAAUGGAAGGCUAAAUAUUGUCACCCUUAUGUGUCGAGAUGGUGAGACCAUGGCCAUAGCUAAUCUCUCCAAUAUCCUCACGUUCUACAUUGCCCCCGUAUGUUUCUCACUUCAAUGGAUAUCGUUUGUGAGCUCAGCUGCCUUUCAGUCUCUCCUAAAAGGAACUCUUUCCACUUUUGCUAGCUGUAUCUCAGUUACUCUUAUGACCCGGCUGAUGCUAAACCUCCACAAAUCCGCGGAUACUGGUAUACUUACGACUCACGCGAAUGUAGAUACGGGCGGUAUGGUUUUCACUUCCAAUAUCGCUUCGACGAUGGGACCAUCUUACGAUUCACAACACACCGUCCUGCUUGAUCUGUCCCCGCUUGAUGCACCACGCCUAUCUACUGACAUUUAUUUGGAGCUGCGCGAAGUUUCCGCUCAAAAUCAUCUGCAAGUUGGACCCCGUGAAGUCUGA